UCUACUCCUCCGCCCUCCCCAGGGCCCUGGGAAGGGGCGCAGCGUGGGAAAGGGAUGGUUGAGUUUUAACCGGAGGCAGAGAGUGAGCCGAACCAGUGUGUGCGGAGCGCGAGCAGCCGAGCGCGGAGAGGCGCCGCUGCAGUUAACUCCUCCCUGCCCGCUGCGCCGACCCUCCCCCGGAUCCCCCGCGUAGCCAGCAUGAAGCGAGCCCACCCCGAGUACAGCUCCUCCGAUAGCGAGCUGGACGAGACCAUCGAGGUGGAAAAGGAGAGUGCGGAUGAGAAUGGGAACUUGAGUUCGGCUCUAGGUUCCAUGUCCCCAACUACAUCUUCACAGAUCUUGGCCAGGAAAAGACGGAGAGGCAUCAUUGAGAAGCGCCGACGAGAUCGGAUCAAUAACAGUUUGUCUGAGCUUAGGAGGCUGGUACCCAGUGCUUUUGAGAAACAGGGAUCUGCCAAGCUAGAAAAAGCCGAGAUCCUGCAGAUGACGGUGGAUCACCUGAAAAUGCUGCACACUGCAGGAGGGAAAGGCUAUUUUGACGCGCACGCCCUUGCUAUGGACUAUCGGAGUUUGGGGUUUCGGGAAUGCCUGGCAGAAGUCGCCCGUUACCUGAGCAUCAUUGAAGGACUAGAUGCCACGGACCCGCUUCGAGUUCGACUGGUCUCGCAUCUGAACAACUAUGCCUCCCAGCGAGAAGCGGCAAGCGGCGCUCACGCAGGCCUUGGACACAUUCCCUGGGGGAGUGCUUUCGGACAUCACCCGCACGUCGCACACCCCCUGUUGCUGCCCCAGAAUGGCCACGGGAACACUGGCACCACGGCCUCGCCCACGGAACCCCACCACCAGGGCAGGUUGGCCACGGCACAUCCGGAGGCGUCGGCUUUGCGGGCGCCCCCUAGCGGCAGCCUUGGACCGGUGCUCCCCGUGGUCACCUCCGCCUCCAAACUCUCGCCGCCACUGCUUUCCUCGGUGGCCUCCCUGUCGGCCUUCCCCUUCUCUUUUGGCUCCUUCCACUUACUCUCUCCCAAUGCACUGAGCCCUUCGGCACCCACGCAGGCAGCAAACCUUGGCAAACCCUAUAGACCUUGGGGGACGGAGAUUGGAGCUUUUUAAAGAACUGAUGCUGUAGAAUGAGGGAAGGGAAAGCUUAAAAUCCCAGCUGAGCUGGGCUGUUGCCAACAUCACCUUAAAGUCAUCAGUAAAAUAAAAAGGAAGAAGGUACACUUUCAGAUAAAUUUUGUUGAAAGACGAAAGGUUUGUUGGUUCACUUUUUCUUUUUUAAUGUUUUCUUUAAUCAUGUCAUGUAUUAGCAGUUUAAAAAAACUAGUUGUUAAAUUUUGUUCCAGACAUUAAAUUGAAAUAGUGAAUAUAAACC